AUGAAAUAAUUGACACCACCUCACUAAGUGAAUGAAUAUUAAUAUACUGGAAAAAUUAUUGGAAAAGGUCUCUUUGGAACUGUUGCUUUGUACAAAAACAAGUAUUAAGAUCUCGUUGUUAUAAAAUUUGAACAUUGUAUGCUUGGGAAUGCAAUGCUACAAGAAUCUAUUAAUCUAAGGAACUUAAAAAAGUUGAUCCAAAGUAGAGAUCUAUAAGAAGAAAUAUCGAUUCCAAAUGGACUUAGUUUCUAUCAGAUAGUUGGAAUGAUGUUUAAAAGCAUUAAGUAACUGCACGAUUUGGGAUAUCUGCACAGAAACAUUCAUCCUGACAAUUUUAGAGUUUAAAACAACAAAAUUUAUCUUAUCGCAUUUGGGUCUUCCAUUAAAUAUAUUGAUGAACAUAAUUAGCAUAUACCUGAGCAAAGGAAUAAAAAACUAGUUGGUAUUCAUGAUGUAGCAUCUAUUUUUACCUAGCAAGGUAUCGAACCAUCCAGAAGAGACGAUUACAUUUCAGCAGCAUAUUCAUUACUCUUACUGCGCCAUGAGCAUCUUCCAUGGUAGAAAGAAAAUUAAGAACAAUUACAUCAAUUGCAGAUUUAAACAAUGAUAGAUGAUAAACUUAAAAUUAUGUAUUAGUCUCCUUACAACAAUAUAGAAGAUAAGGCUAUAAUAUCAAUUUUAAACUACCUACACUGUCUAGAGUUCGAAGAUGAACCUGAAAUUGAAGAGAUUUAAAGCUUAUUCUGUUAUUUAUAAUGA